AGACAGUAAACAGGAAACACUGCAUGUACAGAUCAGAGCUCAAACUGUUUUCACUCAAAGUGAAACUUAACUUAACAGUUGUUGUUACAUAAAGCAGAAAUGGCGCAGAAAGGAGUUCAGCUGGAUCAGGAAACACUUUCCUGUUCGAUCUGUUUGGAUCUACUGAAGGAUCCGGUGACUAUUCCCUGUGGACACAGCAACUGUAUGAGCUGUAUUAAAAAACACUGGGAUGAAGCGGACGGGAAUAACAGCUGCCCUCAGUGCAGACAGACCUUCAUACCCAGGCCUGUCCUGGUCAAAACCACCAUGUUGGCAGAUUUAGUGGAACAGCUGAAGAAGACUGGACUUGAACCUGCUGCUGCUGACCACUGCUACGCUGGAGCUGAAGAUGUGGUCUGUGAUGUGUGCACUGGGAGGAAACUGAAAGCUGUCAAGUCCUGUCUGGUGUGUUUGGCUUCUUACUGUGACAAACACCUUCAGCCUCAUCAUGAAUCUGCUGCUUUUAAGAAACACAAGCUGAUGGAUCCGUUGGAGAAGCUCCAGGAGAACGUCUGCUCUCGUCAUGGUGAGGUGAUGAAGAUGUUCUGCCUCACUGAUCAUCAGUGUAUCUGUUAUCUGUGCUCUGUGGAUGAACAUAGAGGCCACGACACAGUUUCAGCUGCAGCAGAAAGGACUGAGAGGCAGACAGAGCUGGAGGUGAGUCGACAGAAAAUCCAGCAGAGAAUCAAAGACAAACAGAAAGAUGUGAAGGUGUGUCAACAGGAGGUGGAGGCCAUCAGACGCUCUGCUGAUGAAGCAGUGGAGAAGAAUGGCAAGAUCCUGACUGAGCUGACCCAACUGAUGGAAGAAAGACGGCGUGAUGUGGAGCAGCAGAUCAGAUCUAAGGAGGAAACUGAAGUGAUUCGAGUUAAAGAGCUGGAGUCGAAGCUGGAGCAGGAGAUCACUGAGCUGAGGAGGAAAGACGCUGAGAUGGACAAACUGUCACGCACAGACGACCACAUCCAGUUUUUACUCCAGUAUCCAUCAGUGUCCGAACUCAGUGAAGACCCAGACUCAUCCAGCAUCGACAUCCGUCCUCGGAGUUACUUUGAGGAUGUGACGACAGCUGUGUCAGAGCUCAGAGAUAAACUACAGCACAGUCUGACAGAGGAAUGGAACCCUCAACCAGGGAUAGGGUUAUGGUUAUGGUUAUGGAUAGUGUUAACCCUAACCCUAACCCUAACCAUAACCUUAACCUGUGUUUCACCGUCAAAUCAACAUCCUGAACCACAGACCAGAGCAGAUUUCUUACAAUAUUCAUGUAAAAUCACACUGGAUCCAAACACAGUGAAUGAACAUCUGUCACUGUCUGAGGAGAAUAAAAGAGUAACACGUACUGGUCAAAAACAGGACUAUCCUCAUCAUCCAGACAGAUUCAGUGACUUUCAUCAAGUCCUGAGCAGCGAGAGUCUGACUGGUCGAUGUUACUGGGAGGUGGAGUGGAGUGGGGAGUUCGUUGAGGUCGCAGUUGCAUAUAAGGAUAUUAAGAGAGAAGGAAACUCUGAUGAAUGUAAAUUUGGACACAAUGACAAAUCUUGGGCUUUAUGUUGUAACAAAAACCCUCCUGUAUUUCGGUACAACAGUGUCCAGGUUCGUGUCUCAGGUCCAGUUUCAUCCAGAAUCGGAGUGUACCUGGAUCACACAGCAGGUAUUCUGUCCUUCUACAGCGUCUCUGAAACCAUGACUCUGAUCCACAGAGUCCAGACCACAUUCACUGAACCUCUGUAUGCUGGAGUUUGGCUUCGGCAUUGGAAAGUCGGCGUCACUGCCCACUUUCCUAAACUCCAGUAAACUUGUUAACUUUGAUCCAGUUGAUUAGAUCAAUAUUUACGUGUCCCUCUCGAAACCACACGACAGAAAAAUAGAUCAACUUUUUUUUUUUCCUGAACUCACAAUCCAGAUUUGGUCCCAUUCAGACUUUUUCCUGAGGAUUCUAAUAGUCAACUCUUUGUGACUAUCAACCAGCCAAUAGUCUGUUUAUAAAAUCAUCUCUGAUGUUCACAGAGCUGUCAUUAACUGAGGACGACACAACAAGACUUUCAUCAUGUCUGUGUUUUUAAAAAGUAAAACAAAGUGGUGCCGUUUUUCUACUUUGGAGGAGUUUCGUUCAAAUCUACUGUUCUUUCCUGUUUCCUAAAGAAGCAGCGUGGACUGACGAGGCUCAGUCAUGUGACUGGAAUGGGUUUCAGAUAAUAGUGGAACCUGAUUGGUUCAGUUACAAGGACAUGGAUUUGGAGACAACAAUAGAAGUAGAGAAAAUGAACAAACUCAGACUGAGGCUGAGCUCAUGUAUGUAAACCUGUUAAUCAGAUUUUUAUCAUUCUUGUACCUGUGCAUGUGUGGAAAGAAAAAGAAAUCAUAGAAAACUGAAGUGAUUGAGUCAAAUAUGAGCUGAAGGCAAUCACAGGAAGUUUGAUUCUAUCAGUACUUAUAUAAAACCCCAGAAGUAAUCUUAUAAUAGACUGAAACAUGGUUUUUCGAUUAUUUGUGAAGUGCAUGUAAAUGCAUCAUAUCUGAUUAUUACAGUUACCUGAUUACUAACAGGUGUAGGGUUUUUAUGGUCGUGUAAACAGGCUGAAAAUGUUGGAUGAUCCAGUUUAAUAGAUAGAUGUCAGCCAUCUUAAAAAAUGAACAUAUUUUUCUUAAAUCUUCAUAUAUUUAAUUUAAGUCACUCUAUUAUUGUCUUUCAGCCUUUUACUGUUCAUGUCUUAUAUCUUUAGAAUCUUUUAAUCUUUUAUGCUUGUGCUCUGAGAGUCCUUUGCACAAGGAUUUCUAUGUAUGUGAACAGGUGUAAAAAUGGAACCUAAACUUUAUCAGAUCUUAUUAAAGCCUGAGGUGUGACAAAUUACAAAAUACUGAUGUUGUAAAUAUGAGACGAGAUGUAAUGUUUGGAGGAUUAUCAAUCAUCACAUAAUUGGGAAGUGUAUGGAAAAAUAUUGAUUUUUGUGUAAAAAAAAAAAUAAAGCAAGUAACGUGGAAAAAAUGCAAGUGUUUCUGCUGGGGUUUGAACAUCGUACAUUGUUAAGUUACUUACUGAGCUAUCUGUCUACGUGUACCUCAGGGCGCAAAUUUUUGCAUCCCAAGGCUCUCCUGUCUCUUGCAUGACGAGAGUCUGUAUGUAACUCAAAAGUAAUACAGGAGUCAUGUAAUGCAUUAUA